CUGGCUGUUUCUCCGUCAUUUUAAUUUGCACUUUCGUAAAAAUAAAUAAAUAACUUUGAUAAAUAACUUAUAAAAAAACACAAUACUAAAUGAAGUAUCAAAAAGAACGAAAACCCGCUAAAUAAUGUAUUGAACACAACUUCAGCCAUCUUGAUGUUUGUUACAAUGGCAGUAGAUCAUCUGCUCACAUCCUUCAUCCUUCUCCUCAUCAGUAACACAGGGUUCAGUGCUGAGAUCUCUGUGUUUGUUCAGACGGGAGAUUCUGUUCAACUGGAUAUACAGACACAUGAACUACCAGAGUUUAAUCUUUUAUUCUGGACAAAUUAUAAAUCACAGAAUAUAGUUACGUAUAUACAUGGAGUUAAAGCAAGACCUCACUCUUCCUACAAGGACAGAGUGGAUUUCAAUGAAGAAACCUUCUCUCUCACACUGAAGAACAUGCAGAAGACAGACAGUGGACUCUAUAGAGCAAGAACAAGUGGAGAAUUAGAGAAAAAUAUUGUUACAUACAGAGUAUCUGUUAUAGACGCUGUAGAGGCUCCUGUUCUGACUGUAAACUCAACCUGGUCCAGUGAUUCCUGUCUGAUCAGUUUUACAUGUAGAAGUCAUGAAUUCACUCUCAGCUCUACUUUUAAAUAUGGCAGAUGCUCUCCAGAGGAAGUGACAUCACAUGACAACUACACUCUCAUCCUGUACUGCAGUGAGGAAUCCAUCAUCUGUAACCAUAGCAACACUGUCAGCUGGAAAGAAGACAGAAUAAAUAUUAAACGACUCUGUGAAGAUAAUGAAAGAAUAUCAAUCGAAACUCACCAUGGUUUAUCUAUGUCUGGGCUUAUGUUUAUUGUCUUUGGUGUUGUGGUAGUGAUAGUGUUUUCUGGUUUGGUCCUAUACUGUUGCUGCAAGAAUAAUAAAGGUGUCAAACAGAGUGAUGAUACAGACUACGAUGAUGUUGAGACUCUGACGCAGAAGAUGACAGGAGAUACCUGGACCACCAUCAUCUACUGUACAGUAGGACACCAAACACCUUCAUCUGCUCAUGACUGCUGAAGAUCAGAAUCAACUGGAUAAAAAGACUUUGAUGAUUGACUGGACUCACAAACUGAGUUUAAAGUCAUUUAACUCUUGUGGAAGUGUACAGAUACUCUUACUGCUGUGAAUGAACUUCAGUCAGUUACUGCAGAUGUUAUGAACGAGUACUUCUCUGAUUCUCUCAUGUCACUUGAAUAUAUCAUGUACACCCUAAUUCCAGAAAAGUUUUGUGAAAUUCAAUAAAAUCAAGAGUCUGCAGA